UCCAUUCAUAAUCUUCUUCCUCGUCUUGAAACUGCUGAGGCUGCUUGGAAAUUUUUGGCGGAUCGCUAUAAUUGCACUAAUGAUUCAAGCUUGGAGUUCCACAUUGAAUCAAAACUCUAUCAAAUGCGCCAAGAGACAGGUCAGUCCAUUUCUGAUUUUUAUUCUCAGACUUCUACUAUGUGGGAACAACUCUCUGCUGCAGAUCCUCCACUGGUGUGCUCUAAGGACAUUGAGCUGUUUGUCAAAUAUCGGGAUCGUCGUAGAUUUAUGCACUUCAUGAUGGGUUUACGUGAGGAUUUUGAGCCUACUAGGGCUUCUCUGCUUAGCCGGUCUCCUACUCCUUCUCUUGAUGCUGCAGUCAAGGAGCUCAUUUCUGAGGAGAACCGUCGACCUACUUAUCACAUGUCAUCAUCUGAUCAUGUAUUGGCUACACCCUCUCCACAGCCUCCCAUUGCUGCAUUCACUGCUCCUCCACGAAUAAACUCUGGGCAUCCCAAUUCUCAGUCUUCCAAAGGCACUCGCUGCAAGUUUUGCCGUGCCAAAGGCCAUGACAUCUCUGUUUGUCACAAGCUGCAGAAAUUUGUGCAAGAGCAUAAUAAAGCUUCUCUUCCUCGGGCAGCUGCUGUAUGUCCUUCAGAUCCAUCGGUUCCUACAGGUCCAUCUUUGACUUCCUCACUUACUACGGCUGAUAUUGAGGCAGUUGUUCAACAGGUUUUAUCCCGUACUUCCACUGCCCUUUCUGUCACCUCAGGAUCCCCGGACGGGUCAAGUGCUUGGGACAGGCCUUAAAGUUGGUCGCAUGUUUGAGGUUCAUGACUUGAAGAUUCCUUCACAAGUCGUU